AUGGGAGAAGUUCAUGAACUACAACUUCACAAAAUGGAGGAUGCAAUUGAAGCCAAAGAGACAUUUUCAUUGGAAAAAAAUAGCUUAGAAGAUCAAAUCAUGAAAGAAUCAAGUAUAAUCAACAAGAAAAAGAUUAACUAUUUCAAGGUAGCCAUUUAUGUUACACUUGUGCUAGUAGGCCAAUCUUGUGCAACACUUUUAGGAAGAUUGUACUAUGAAAAAGGAGGAAAGAGUAAAUGGAUGGCAACAUUUGCUCAACUAGCUGGUUUUCCAAUUCUACUACCUUAUUACUUUUUCAUCUCAUCAACAAAAAAAAUCACCACAAAAAAUAAAAAUAAUAACAUCAUUGAUCCAAAUUAUCAACCAUCCAUUUUCAUGCUGGCUUUUGUCUAUGUCUCAAUUGGCUUAAUUGUUGCAUUAAAUUGUUACUUAUUUUCAAUUGGGCUAUUGUACCUCCCUAUCUCUACUUUCACCCUAAUUUGCUCAUCCCAAUUAGGUUUCAAUGCUUUAUUUGCCUACUUCCUAAACUCACUUAAGGUCACACCUUACAUAAUCAACUCCAUAGUCCUUCUAACAAUUUCUUCCUCCCUCCUUUUGUUCCAAAGUGAUUCAUCAAAUUCCACACAUGUUUCCAAGAAAAUGUAUUUGAUUGGAUUCAUAUGCACUCUAUGCUCAUCCGCCGGGUGUGGAUUAGUUCUUUCGCUUACGCAACUAGGUUUCAAGAAAGUAGUGAAAAAAGAAAAUUUUAAAGCUAUUAUGGAUAUGAUAAUAUAUCCAUCAAUAGUAGCUACUUGUGCUACACUACUAGGACUUUUUGCAAGUGGAGAGUGGAAUGAUAUAAAGAAAGAAAUGGAAGAAUAUGAAAUUGGAAAAGCUUCCUAUGUGCUUGUUCUUACAUUCAUAGCCAUAUCUUGGAAAGUCUUUAAUCUUGGUUGUGUUGGACUUAUUUUUGAGGUUUCUUCACUUUUCUCCAUGGCUAUAAGUGUUUUAGGACUUCCUAUUGUUCCUAUAUUGGCUGUGGUAUUCUUCAAAGAAAAAAUGAAUGGGAUUAAGGUCAUAUCUAUGGUCCUAGCUAUUUGGGGAUUUAUAUCAUAUGUUUAUCAGCAGUACCUUGAUGAGAGUGAGAACAAAAAAGAAAAUAGAAACACUAGUAAUGUUACUAAAGGUUCUUCAACUUUAGAAGAAUGUAAUAUAAGGGGUUGA